AAAGAGCUUGUUCCGGUUUGUUGGUUCCGGAGAUCUCACGAAAGUGAGAAGUCGCUGUCAAAACAAUGCAAAAAUAUGAGAAACUCGAGAAAAUUGGAGAAGGAACAUAUGGAACAGUUUUCAAAGCAAAGAACAGAGAAACCCAUGAAAUAGUUGCCUUGAAGAGAGUUCGUCUUGAUGAUGAUGACGAGGGUGUUCCCAGUUCAGCAUUGCGGGAAAUCUGCCUGUUAAAAGAGCUGAAGCACAAGAAUAUUGUCAGAUUACAUGAUGUCCUACACAGUGAGAAGAAGCUGACGUUGGUAUUUGAGUACUGUGACCAAGACUUGAAGAAAUACUUCGACAGCUGUAAUGGGGAGAUCGAUCCGGACACAGUUAAGUCGUUCAUGUACCAGCUGCUCCGAGGCCUGGCCUUCUGUCACAGCAACAACGUCCUCCAUCGAGAUCUCAAACCUCAGAACCUGCUCAUCAACAAGAAUGGUGAGCUGAAGUUGGCAGAUUUUGGUUUGGCAAGAGCCUUUGGAAUUCCAGUUCGAUUCUACUCAGCAGAGGUUGUUACCUUGUGGUACCGUCCACCUGACGUACUGUUCGGAGCCAAGAUGUAUUCAACAUCAAUCGACAUGUGGUCUGCGGGAUGUAUUUUUGCAGAGUUGGCUAAUGCAGGUCGGCCACUGUUUCCAGGAAAUGAUGACGAAGAUCAACUGAAGAGGAUCUUCAAAUUACUGGGAACCCCAACAGAAGAAACGUGGCCACAGAUGACCCAGCUCCCUAACUACAGGCCCUUCCCGAUGUACCAUGUCUCCACCACAUGGCAACAGGUCGUCCCCAAGCUCAAUGCUAAGGGCCGAGACCUUCUACAGUGUCUUCUCGUGUGCAACCCGGCUGGCCGGAUAUCUGCCGAGGAAGGCCUUCUCCACAGCUACUUCGCUGAUCUGAGCCCAGCCAUCAAACAGGGAUGAACGAUGACAGUGUUGUCCUUAGUAUAUACAUUGUGAACAUCAGCCUUUGAAUUGCAAUACAGGGAUGAACUCUCUCCUAUAGGAUUCCUCAUGGCAUAAUGGGAAGAUUUCCUUAUGCUGCCCUCAUCUGAUGUUGUGUGACUUUACUGAAGGUGGGGUAAUAAAAGGAACUCUUACCACAUGUGAUAAACAUAUCAUUAGUUAAAGAUGAUGGUUCAGUAAUUUUCUUAUUACUUAUAAAUAAUGAAAUGCACAGUCUACGCUACGUAAUCUUUAGGAAGGGAUGGCUUAAGAUAUGGCACAAUGGAACGCCUGAAUCUCUGCGCAGAAUGGCUUACCUUAGCUGGGCCAAGAUCUGCUGUUCGUUGGUGUGACUUAAUGGCCUUUCAUUGGUCUAUCUGCACUAAAGCAGUGUGUUCACUCUCAGCAGGGUGAGUGCUAAAUAUCUUUGACCUUGACAAACUGGCUUUCAUGCCAGCUGGCACCAUUCAAUAAGAGGUGAGUGAGUGGGUGGAUGGGUGAGUGAGUGGAUGGGUAUGGGGGGUGGGUUUUGAGCGAGUGAGUUUUAGUGCAACUUUCAACACUUAUAACCCAGUGUGUCAGCUAACUGUGUCAGAAAAGCCUGAAUGAUGCAGGCAACAGAUAUUUAUGAUUUUAGUGAAACCCCAAAGCAUCGGUAUGGUCCUGACAAACCAAGAAACAAGAUUUGGUGAUUUUCUGUGGAACAAUAUAUCAACUUAUCAAUCAGAAUGAUUCACUUUGUUUCAUGUAUUUACGUAUUUGUGUCAUUUAGUGGAUGGAUGUUGAAUCAUGUUCAGUGCUGGCUAUAAUUUCCAUUGACCAUUUCCAUCCCUGUCAGAUAUCUAGUCACCACAUGCUGAUAGAAAUGAAAUUGAUUGUAUUGAAUCAAAUGUAUGUUUUAAAUCAACA